AUGGAUCAUUCAUACACCAGGAAGCAGAAUUCCAAACUCACACAGGUAAUUCAGAACUUCUUCGCCAAGACCGUCCAAAUAGUGCACCAAUCUAGGGUGGCCAAUAGCUGGGAGGAAGAAGAAAAGAAGAUAAAUAAGUGGUUCAAUCUUCUUUUACCCACAAUAUCAUCGGAAUACAUACCCAAGGAGGACCUUCGACUAUGGAAGACUAUCGGCACCUCCUCCAAUUCUUCCAUUGCAUCAGAGUUGGGCUCGUUGCCACCCAUGAUCAUUGAAACAUACUUGGAUUUACGCAGAUUGGGUCCCAGGCAAACUAUUGUGUUGAAAGAUGAUACUGGGAACCCAUGGACCGUGGCAAAAGGAGGAAGCAAGAAGCAGGAGAUCGUUUUAGAACGUUGGCUUAUUGAGUUUGAUCCCUUGGAGGUGUCGGGAUCAAUAAUAGAUGAAUUGCCGUUGAUAUACAAGCAAGCCAUCAUCUUAUUUAGAAGUCUCUACGCAUUCACCAGGCUAAUGCCAGCUUACAAACUUUACAGAAGUCUAAACAAAUCCAAACUGCAUUCUAAGACAAUGCCAUUAUCAGUUGGCAUUAAAGUAUUGGAUGGGAAGCAGCCUAUCAGCUCAAAGGGUAGAGUUGGAUUGUCCAAAUCCAUAAUUCCAUCUCAGAUGUAUGUGACUGAGUCUCAUAUGCAGCAGAAGCAUUUCCAACCAAUACAAACUACUUUGGGUACACUAAAGGUUUCAAUAGCCUACAGAAUACAUCAUAACUUCUGUGUCCAUGAUAGUGAAGAAGUGUUAAGUACCCAUUUCAUUUCUAUAGAUAAAAAUGAUUCCAAUCAAGGAAGUGUCAACAACGAUGGGAAUAAAAAGAAGAGGGUUUCCAUUGCUUCCACUUCGGUCUCGCCUUGUUCUAGUUUGAAGGAAGGUUCAAGAGACGAUUCGCCUAGAAAGCAAUACCCCUCCCUGUCAAUAACGGGAAGUACCCCGAUCACCCCUGUUCGUCCUUCUAUUCAGCCAUUUAAGAUUGGAUCCAUUAGUAACUCGCCGCCUCCAGGUUCGUCUUCAUUGGAGAGAAGGAUUUCUAUAACAAGUAACAAAUCUACAUCAAAUGCAUCACUUGUCGCUAUGCUUCGGAACCCAAGAAGUAGCACUUCAUCAUCUAAUACUGCCUCCAAUAUUCCUAUUUCUAACACCAGUAAUAGGGAUUCUAUAGGUGCAUUUCCUAGAUCUGUUUCGUCGCUUCACACUGAUGAAUUAUACUCUCUGUCGGGUGGCAGAGAUGUCAUAGGAGGCGGUGGUCCAAGUGAGGGAAGUGGUGCAGCUAUAGGAGGAGGUGGUGGGACUCCGACUCCUAGGUUUUCUUCCAGUUUUGGGUCAAGAGCAAGCAGACGAUACUCAAGUACUAGUAUGCGUAAUAGUAGUAUUCCACAUGACGGGGCUUCACUUGUGGCUACACUGUCUGGCCUGGUGUCGUCCUCAGGAGCACCUAUGUCGGGACUUUAUAUUGAUGAUGAUAUAAGUGAUUUUGUUAAAAUGAUUGACAGCAAAACUGACCUUAGAUUUCUGUCAUACAACUCAAAUAACGAAUCAUCAAAGUUGUCUUAUCAGGGUGGAAGCAAUAGUCAAAUUGAUGCUUUAAGCAGAUUUCAGCUGUUGAAGCAUCAGCACCAACAGUUGGGCGAAAGUGUCAGUGCUAGCUUAGUGUUACAGUAUCAAAAUCUCCAACAGCAACAACUGCAGCACACACCUUAUUCGCCAACAUCCACACUGAUCCCAAGGCAGUUAUCUCCACUCUUGCAUCUGAUGAGCAGAGCAUCUUCAAGGAAAUCAUCGCAUUCGAUGCAUUCGCCACCUCCAUCCUUAGGUUCUUAUGAUAAUUCACAUUUACCUUCCAUACAUUCCAGACUUAGGGAGCAACACUCGAAUAAUGAGGAUGAAGGAAAGAGUAGUAGCGAAGAGCCAGUAAUUAUCGGAAGUAGCAGUAAUUCUUCUAGCCACGUCCCUAUUGCGGCCGGCCUAAGUCCAGGUGGAGUUCUUAGCACUUCAAGGAAGUCAUCUUAUAGUCACAGCAAUAACUCGUUCUUAAGAUCAUCCAGCAAGCUAGUUGCAUCUCCGGUCACAUCAACUACCAUUGCUCAUGCACAUAAGACUGGAGAAGAUGGUAUUUCCGGUCUUGCAACGACACCAUCCACCUAUAACAAAAAGCAACAGGUGCAAGGUGAUCAACAGCAAUCGCUGCAUAUUAGAUACGAAGAUGUAUUUGAAUAUGAUGACGACGACGAUGAAGGAGAAGACUUUUAUUUAUCUAAAAAGAACGAAUCCAAGGAAACGAGAAGAUCCAGGGGUGAUCAUCAUGACCAUGAUGAAGAUGAUGAUGAACUUUUGUUCACGAUGAGUGACAUGAAUCUUACGAAGUAA